CUGUGAUGUCCUUAAUGAGGUUGAUCAAACGCAUCAGUGAUUUGUUACCACUUCAUUUGAGUACCUUACUUUUUGAUGCAGUACUAUGAUUCAUGCAUCUAUAAAUAAAUACAUAUAUAUAUAUAUAUAUGCAUUUAAUUUGAAAAAAGGGACUUUGUUACUUAGAUCCGCGUAUUUCUAUUUCAGUAUGUUCGUCCAGGUUUCUUGGUCUUGCGCCAUUACAGUCUUAACAAUAUAUGUUGUCAUCCUGAUUCACAGCUUCAUUCCUGACAAUCUGGAGUUAGGGCUUGAUAUACUGGAUGUAGCCAAAGAACGAGUACAUGAUAUUGUGGGAAAGGUGCCUUCCAUCCAUCAAGGUUAGAAUCAUAUCGCAGAAAGGACCAACAACGCAAUUGACAUGAAGCGCCGUCAUUCAUAUUGUACUAUUGCAAUAUUUUUUAGCGUUCAUGAUGCAUUUUGAUUCACUAUGUAUGAAAUUAAUAAAGACUUUGACG